AUGAACAUUGAAUCUGAACUGUAUGAUUUGGAGAAGAGUAAAGGUAGUGUUGAAUCAAGCAAAGCAGCAAGUUCUCAUGGGAAGAAGCCUAAAUGGAGGGCCCAUAAUCAAAAGCCCAAGGAUGUAUUUGGCCAAAGUCCAAGGGAUGAUAUUGCUGCAAUACCAAUUCGAAGGGCUGAUGAGGCAACUGAGGAAGUUCCUGAAGAUGAAUACCACACAGAAGAGCUUGAAAGCCUCAAAGGCAGUGAAGAUGAGGAGGAAGAAUCGAAGCCUCCAGAGUUUAAUGAAGCAUCAACAUUUGGUAAUGUUAAUUUGGAGUUAUACAUGUUGUUUCCCAACUUAAAUGUGUUUAAGGAGGCUGUGAGGAACUACACUAUUGCACAAGGAAGACCAAUAGAAUUUCCAAAAAACGACAAAGUGAGAUGCAGGGUUAAGUGCUGUGGAGAGGAAUGUGAUUGGGAGAUAUUAUGUUCCUGGGCAGAAGCUUAUGGGUGUUACCAGGUGAAAUAUUUUAAUCUAAACCAUAAAUGCAGCAGGAAGCUAAUACUCCCUCAAGCAGACAGGCAAUGGGUUGCAAAGAAGCUUGUGGAUAUCCUAAGACUAACACCCAAGAUGACUGCAGCUGAUGCGUAUGCCCACAUGGCAGGCACAUACCAUAUUCAGGUGGCAGAAAUUAAGCUAUACAGAGCUUUGCAUAUUGCCAAGGAGUUUAUAGAAGGAUCAGAGAAAGAUCAAUACACAAAACUUUGGGAUUAUUGUGAAGAACUUAGGAGAAACAAUCCUGGUUCGACUCUUCAGCUAGGAGUUGAAAGACCUGAUCUUUCUUUCCCUGCAAGGUUUGACAAGUUAUACAUCUGCUUUGAUGCAACCAAGAGAAGGGCCAUGAGGGGUUACAAACCUUUGAUUGGUCUUGAUGGAUGCUUUCUAAAAGGAUAUUAUGGAGGCCAACUUCUAGCAGCAGUCACGCAAGAUGCAAAUCAUGCAUUUUAUGUGAUUGCAUAUGCUAUAGUAGGACAGGAGACAAAGGAGACUUGGACUUUCUUUCUUACACGACUUUUUGAGGAUAUAGGGCACCCAAGUGUACAUGGAUGGGAGUUUAUCUCUGAUAUGCAGAAGGGACUUAAAGGAGCAUUGCAUGAGUUAUGCCCAAAAGCUAAUCACAGGUUUUGUGUUAAGCACUUGGAAGCCAUUAUAUGGAAACAUUGGCCCAAUACAGAUUUGAGAAGUAAAGUAUGGGAUUGUGCUAAAUCUAAGAUAAUGGCAGAUUUUGAAAGGAAUUUUGCUCAGGUAAAAGAACUGAAUGUGGCUGCUUGGAAUUAUUUGAGCAAUCUACCUAUUACCUCAUGGACAAGGGCAGCAUUUCCUACUGAGAGCAAGAAUCAAUCUUUGCUCAACAAUAUGUGCGAGCAGUUUAAUGGUUCCAUUGUGAAGUUUCGUGGUAAGCCCAUAUUGACCAUGCUGGAAGAUAUAAGGACAUAUCUGAUGACAAAGAUAAACGAAAGCAGAAACCAAGUGGCUAAGUAUCAGGGUCCUAUCACUCCUGCUGCUCAGACCAAACUAGAGUAA